ACCGUAAACAAUUUAAUCAUAAUUUAAAAAAAGGAAAAUAGGACGUUGGCAUAGAUUCUCGUUUUCUCUUUACAUUUUCGUACCCGUUUCAUCUGGUCACUUCAGAAAUAACUAGGACAUCAAUUUUAAUCGGGCAUAAUGAGUUUUCACUCGGUUUUUCAAAACGUAGACAAAAACAACUACAACUUGAAGAUUGCGAUGAAAAUGAAUAAUGAAUCUGAGGAUUUAGAUCCAAUGUUAGACGAAAUACGAAAGGAAUUGGUUUCUAUUAUUGAAGAUCAUCCGAACGCUGAAGGAUUCGAAAUUAUAAACGCAACGAACGAUAAUAAGCAGACUCCCAAGCACGAUAAAAGCGAGCGCAGACGACAACGCUACAAUCCUUCGCGAGGCGAUGCAUCUAAUAACGGUCUAUUACAUGAUAACAGAUUUAAUAACAUUGACGACGAUUUGAACAAUAUGUGCGUGAAUCUAAUGCGAAGUUACGAAUUGUUCCAAAAUGUUGGUGGCCGUUUCGAAAGCUUUAAUUUUAACGGUCUCUUGGAUCGUAUUAAAGAUCUGAAUCUAAGUGGCAACACUAAUGAAGCGUUUAAAGCAACAGUGGACGAUUUGAAGCGCACAUUCGAUGAAGAUUACAAGGCAAAUCGUUUAAACGAAAUGACAAAAACCGCCAGUUCCAAGUUCAAUAAACAUGCAGGAGAAUUUGCUGAUAUACCAGAAGUUGGAGAAUUUUUUCGAGCAUGCAGCCAUCUCGAACGUGGCUUAGAACAGUUAAAAAAGCAAAGAACCGAGGUAAAUGAACUAACUAAACGGAUGACAUGGGCAAUAAAUACGUCAUACAAUCGCAUCGAUGAGAUACAGAAAGGCUUAAAGGAAAAAAAUCAAUCGCUUCAAGCAGCGGAAGGUGAUGAUAAAAAGAGAAAUCUUAAGUAGUUUUUUGCCAUCAGA